GGAAUCCAACGUAAGAAUCACAUUGCCAACGUUAGGAGAUUACUUGUUAUAAAUAUUAUCUUUAAAGCAUUUUCUAUACUACUCUCAAUCUUCCACUGAUUACAGAGUCUAGGGUUUUGAUCGUCCCUCUUCCCAAUUUCAGGGUAAGCUUUGGAUCUCGGAUCGGAGCCUUACCCAUCUUUUCUAAAUCUUCAAGGAACGCUUUGGGACACUAAAGUUUCCAAAUUGUAGAGAAAAAAACAGAAUGAGAGGGAAGACUUGAAUCAGAAUUCAGGGGUGAGAUAUUUGAGGAUGGUUACUUACGGUGAAAGGUGGGCUGAUAAAUAGGGAGUAAGCAUGGAAAAUUUGGUGAGCAAAUAGUUUGAUCUGCUUUGAAUUUUGAUAGGCUCAGAGAUUACAAUAUGGAGGAUGAGAGUGGGCUUGAGCUCAGCUUGGGUUUAUCUUUUGGAGGCUCGUCAGCCAAACCCAAGGGUAAGAAUGGUAGCUCCUCAGAUGCUAGAGAUGAAGAAGUUGGUAGGGGUGGCAAAAUGGUGGAUGACUUUAAGAGCAUGUUUGAUAAUGUUCCUCAGAAGCCCGAAUCUAUUACUGGUACCCGAACAACUGAUUCCCCAAAGCCUGAGGAGAACUUCUUUAGUGACCUUUCAAAGGCCAAAGAAGACAAUGCUUCUUUGAAUUUAAAUGAGAGAGGAUUUCUGGUUGCUAACAUUAAUAAGCCGGUUGAAAUUGAGGAAGAUAAAAGGUCCGAGGCAGCAAAUAAGCGAAAAAUGCCUUUUGAUGAGAUACCUAGAGCCUCUCAUAUUUCUAUAACAGAGGAUGGUUCAACCGCAGAAAAUGAAGAUGUGGCUGACUCUGAGACUGAGAACCCCACCUCCAGGCCCAUCUCACACCACAGUGAUGGUUCCAAAGGAUUCAUUAGAGUUAGUGCUUCUUCCGAUGCUGCCAAAGAGGUUCGUGGAAGUGCUGACUCAAAUGCUACUGACUUAAGUGGGCAGAAGAGGUUUACUGGGUCAUCAGAAAAAGAUUUUAAGCAUGCCGGCAUGACCUAUGGUGCUUCCUUUUCUGUUCAACCUGUAAAUAUGUUGAAUGUACCUUACCCUUCAGUAAAAGAGUCCAGCUCAGUUGGGGUACCAAGCCCUCAGAUACCUGGAGUGAUGCAUGUGAUGCCUACUGCUGCCACUGGUGAACGCUCAGGAGCCCAAUCUGUGAGUAAUGGGAGUUUGCCUGUGAUGUUUGGAUAUUCACCUGUUCAGCUUCCCAUGUUGGAGAAGGACAACUCAUGGGGUUUGGUUUCUCGUCCUCAACAGUUACACCCUUCCUUUGUUGGCAGAGGUCCAACUAACUCAGCUGCACUACAAGUAAUCUCAAACAAUAUAUCCGAGGCCAUGCCUUAUGAAGGAAGGCCGUUAGAACGAACCAAAGGAGACGGUAAACAGCGUGUCACUGAAGAAGGCUCCUCCUCACAAUCUGAAGAUGUGAAAGCAAUAAGCACAAACCUUAGGGCCAAAGAUGCAUCUGAUAAAUCAACAGGAGAAGGUGCAAUCAUUGAUUUUUCAAAUAUUAAGCCAGGUCUUGCUGCAGAUGUGAAAUUUGGUGGAUGUGGUUCUUAUCCUAAUCUGCCUUGGGUAUCCACCUCAGGUUCAGGUCCAAAUGGAAGGACAAUUUCUGGUGUUACUUAUAAAUACGGCACUAACCAAGUCAGAAUUGUAUGUGCAUGCCAUGGUUCUCACAUGACCCCUGAGGAGUUUGUUCGCCAUUCAAAUGAAGACCAGGCAGCUGCAGAGGGGAAUACAGUUUUGGGGACAGUAGCAAACGGCAAUCCUGCUGCCUCUUCCCACAGCUAAUCUUGUAUCGUUGUACGUUAAUAUUAAAGUUCUCAACAGGAGAGUCAGGGAAAUCGAGCUUUGAUUUUUGUAUAGAUGAAUGAGAUUCCUACCAUUUUUCUGUAUACACUUUAAUAACUUGGUAUUUGGCUAUCCCGCUUUAUUUACUUUGUAGCCAAUGCAAUCAAGUUUGCAGUUGUAUUUAAUAAUGGCCCAGCUAGGAUCAUCUGUCCAAGGAUCAGUAGUAUAGGAAUGUUUCCAGAUUGCUAAGGACGUGUUAUGCACCAAAUUGGACUUCAAAAGGUGAGGAUGACCAAGUCCUUAGAGCAAUUCUCUGAGCUUUUCUUAGAGCAUCUCCAAGGGAGUUACUUAUGGAGUUCUUAAACUUAAGAACUAGUUCUUGUACAAUUUCACCAUUAAGACAAUUGACUUAGCCGUUCUUAUACAAUUUAUGAUUGCUUAUUUAAA